AUGACUUACCCCCGUACCCCAGUCAGAACUGGUCAGGAAUUGAACAAGUUGAUCGAUUCGAUAAACGAGCAAUUCGGUUUAGACAUCCCAAAUCCCGUCUAUUUUUCUCCAUCUAUUGGCAAGAAUGAUAAGUCACUUGGCUGGAGCCUUUAUGGCCGGAUCAGAGUGCUAUACUUCAACCGCAAGGUGGACUUGAACCGGAUCUUCAAUGACUUCGAGGAGUGGAUUGUCUCCCAAUCAACGGUGCUAUCUGCUGGGGAUGGUCAAUGGGGACAUAUACCAGGCUCAUUCGCGAACACCUCGAGGGAUAUUUUUAUCAGCAACGGAAUCAGUACUAUUGCAAAGGAGGAGCGCCAACGAUAUCUCGAAAGAUUGAUCAACGACGAACUCUAUCUGCUUAAUGGCUCCUUUCCAACUCCCAGAAAGGUCGACGACCUGGUAGAAGAGCCUCCUGCGCCAUCAAGCAGCUCGCUCAAGAGAAGGCUUUCCGUGGAAGAGGAAUUCCACACGGCUCCCAACUCUCCGGUCAAGGAUCUAGACAGGCCGCAAUCGCCUAUAUCCAAGGAAGACGCCUGUGAUCUUCCUGUUGGAAACGUCAACAGGACCGGGAUUCCGGUCUUGCAGCCAGAAAACAUCACAGUACCAUUCAACAUAUUUAAAAGCCCUAAGAAAACCGACAACGACAAACCCUCCAAAUUUGUGGAACGCCUGAGGGGUUCCGACAGUUACCAGCGUUAUGAUGCAACACCAACCUCCAGCGAUCAGGCGAAUUUUAGCUUCAGCACAGUAGCUGACACUUCUUCCAGCUUUCUUUAUUCGACUACUGCUCCCUACGAGACCUCGUUCACGUCGAACACCACUGAAGUCGAUGAGUCAAUGUUGGAAAGCGAACCCGUGUACGAGGACUCCGUGGUGGGGCAUUAUCUGAGUGAGCAAACAACAGCAACAAACCUUGCUGAAACACAGAAUCUAGAGCAACUCGCUUGCCAGGAGCCUCGCGAUUCAAUUGAGGGGCGCAUUAUGACAGACCUUCUCCAGUCCGGACCAUUCUCGCUCGAACACCACUACCCAAGUUCCGUCUCGCUUCGAUAUAGAUAUGAACUCGAGAGAGUGGCUAGAGAGUGGGGUGUAUCCUUGGACCUCAUGUUGGUUGGUCCCAACAUCUCUUUUAAGACUCUUGAUGAUUUCUGGUGCUGGAUAGAGGGGCAUAAUCAGCGGAAAGGAAAACGGCUCCCCGAAAAGUCCUCUCGCAAGGCUUGGGAUGCAGCUACUGGGAACUUCAGGACUGACAAACAUUCAGAAGUUGUCGUACUAACAGGGGAUUUGGAGUGGUCCAAAGAAGGGGUUUUGAAGUUAAGAUUGAAUCCGUUGAAGACUGAACGGACCUGUCGCUUUCACCGGCGAUUUGGAUCAGAUAGGUUUCUCAGUCUGACAGUGCCAGCUCCGGCGCGGCCUCCAUCGCAUCUCCGGCUGCCCUUGCAGCCUACACUCCUGCGAGAAACCCUGGGUUUAUGGCUAACGCAGAAUGCUCAUCGAUGCUUAGGGAGGACGUGGAGACCUUUUUUUGUGGAUGAGGUCAAGUCGAAACGCAAAGCAGACGAACCCAAAUUUCGAAUUGAUUUCUUUGCAAUCGAUGGGAUUGAUUUUGACCAUGGUUUCCCUGUCCCUCCUAUUGCACCUCCCCAUCAGGACAGUAGCAACCGCACUCCAAUGAGCCUAGAUGCACUGAUUAAUUGGCACAUGCCUCGAGAAGAAAACAUCACGCAAACCAACUGCAAAUUGUUUCAACGCUUCUCAUUGGCUCUCUCGAAAACCUACGCUACAGUGGUCCUAGAACCACGGCAAGUUCUACCAUUACCAGAUGUAUCCAAACCUGUUAUGAACGAUGGUUGCGCUUUGAUGUCUAGAAGCUUGGCCAAUCAGAUUUGUGAUUCAUUAGGACUGACGGGAUACACCCCAAGCGCCUUCCAGGGUAGAAUAGCAGGUGCAAAAGGGUUGUGGAUGGUCGACAAACAUCGAUCUCACGUCACAGCUGACGAUGACGUAUGGAUCCAAAUAUCUGACUCACAGUUGAAGAUAAGGCCACAUCCUAACGAGUGGGAUGGGUCGGUAGACGAUGAGAAACUUACCUUUGAGGUUGUUAAAUGGUCUAAACCUUUGCAUCCCGUGAAUCUGAAUGUACAGCUUUUGAGCAUAUUGGAUCACGGUGGGCACAUUAAGGAGCAUCUCGCAGAUCUCACACGAUUAGGAAUCCAAUCGUUAUAUCAGGACUUUGCGGACGUUCUCGAAUCCGACAGCGCAGUGCUCUGCCGGAGCCUAGUACAGAAAAUCCGCCCGUCGGGGGAUGAUGGCUUUGGACCGGUGUCUCAAAGGACCUGGCGAUUCGAAAAUUGGAUGAGCAAUGAUGCCGAGUUUAUAAUCCGCCUUACUGAAGCUGGCUUCUGUCCUCGGAGCUUUUAUUUCCUCCGUAAGCGAUUGGGGAAGUGCCUACGAGAGCUCCUGAAGCGGCAUGUGGACGAACUUCGCAUUGAAGUGCCCCUCUCAACAUACGCUUUCUGCAUUGCUGACCCAUACGGAGUCUUAAAGGAGGAUGAAGUUCAUUUUGGCUUUUCGAACGUCUGGCGCGAUGGAAAGGGGCAAUUUGAAGAUAUUCUACUAGAUGGCAUUGAUGUCCUCGUCGGCCGUCUUCCCGCCCAUCUGCCCUCUGAUAUCCAACGCCGGAAGGCAGUGUGGAAGCAAGAGCUACGACAUUUCAAAGACGUAAUUGUCUUUUCCAGUGUUGGCAACAUACCGUUGGCACAUAUGCUCUCAGGGGGUGACUACGAUGGCGAUACUCCCUGGAUUUGCUGGGACCAGAACAUCGUCCGCAACUUCUACAAUUCUGACUUGCCAGAUACAGAGUUCCCACCGGAGCAUUACGGACUUACCAAGUACGCUGUAGACAUGAAAGACAUUCACUCCAUGGAUGAGUUCCUCCAGAGCUCAUUUACAUUCAAUUUGACCCUGUCAAACCUAGGUCGCUGUACCGAGGAGUCAAUCGACUCAGACAAAGCGAAGGAACUCGCCUGUCUCCUCAGUCACCUAGUCGACGGCCGCAAAGCAGGAGUCCACCUAUCCGAGCAAGCAUGGCGGCAAUAUCGCAAGAAAAUCAGUCCCCGGGCACGCGAACUUCCCGCAUACAAGAAACCCGGCCGAACACCCAAGAAAUCCAACAUCAUCGAUUAUCUCCGGUUCGAGGUCGCGAUGCAGGAGCGGGACAAGAUGCUUACCAAGCUCGAGGCAGACUUCCCAGAAGAGGAGGCAUCCUUCAGCAAAGACGAAGACCUGGUACGGCCCUGGCGUACAAUCCGCGAAAAGAUCAAGAACGAAGGCCAACGCGGACAGUUAUUCGCAGCCGCUAAGGGCAUGAGAGAAAAGAUCAGAAAACUCCACAAUCAAUGGAACACAGCUAUUUCCCGAAGUCAGGACUCGUUCUCUCCUCACGCGCUGGACGCUGCAGGAGAGGCCAGGUCCAUUCCUCCCCCGGAAGGCGAUCACCCUAUAAUACUGGUCUGGCAGCACUGCCGUGACGAAUGGCUCCGGGUCCUUGCAUCUUACACAUAUAACGAAUAUCCGGGCGCCAAAUUCGUCAUGCAUGCCUUUGGGGAGGUCCUCUGCCAGAUCAAAUCGAGCACCCUACCGGCACGAUCAGUGACGUCGGAGAUUCUUUCUUGCUACCGCGUCAAUCAGAAGGUGGUUGCUCAACUUACUGCACAGGAUGUGGCUGAGGAAGGUGAAGAGAGGCUAGACGGGGAAGAUGAGUAUGAGGGGCACGAGGCGAUUGAAGCGAUGCAUUUUGGGAUGCGGUCGUCAGGCGGGUACUUUGAUCCGGAUGAUUGCUUGUCUGUGGAGUGAUUUUUUGGUUUGGGGUCGGUUUUUCGUUGUGGGGGACAUAUUAUGACUUGGCUAUUAGGUAGAUUUUGAAG